AUGGCGCCCACAAACUUUAUUUUCAAGACAAUGCAGAGUGUAGCAGUUGCAGCGGAACUCUCGCAGAUCGUGCGAUCCGCCAUGCUCGCUCCAGUGGGCUCCAGCGCGCCUGCGGCGUCGCCUCGGCCGCCGGGUGGAGGCAGCGAGGCGUUGAUGCCGACGGCGGGGGAGGGGGAGGAGCUGGUGACGCUGCUGGAGGACGGGCGGCAGGAGGUGGACGAGGAGCGCGGCCGCGUGUCAACGCAGCGCCACUCCGGAGGCAAGGAGCGUGCGGAGAAGCACGAGAAGCGGCGGAGCCGAGGAGGCGGGGCGCACGGCGGGGGCUCGCAGGACGGGUGGAACGUGCGGGAGAACUUCUGGUGGCUGUGGGGGGGCUCGCCGCACGCGGGGCUGCUGUGCAUGCUCACAUCCGCGCUGCUCUUCAGCUUCAUGGGCCUGCUCGUCAAACUCCUCUCAGUGCACUCGAUCCCGUCGUUUGAGACGGUGUUUGUGCGCUGCGCGGUGAUCGCGGCGCUCUCCGCCCUGUGCCUGCACCGCAUUGGCCACCCGCUGCUCGGCGCUCCCACGCUGCGCCUGCUGCUGCUCGCACGUGCUGUGCUUGGCUUCGUCGCGCUCUCUGCUUUCUUCUACAGCAUCCAGGUGCUGCCGCUGAGGGACGCGACGCUGAUCAGCUUCACGCUGCCGGUGUUCACAGCCAUCAUCGCCAGUGUCUUCCUCGACGAGAAGUUCACCUCCAGAGAGAUAGCAGGCUCUGCGUGCUGUCUUCUGGGCGUGCUCAUGGUUACCCAGCCCCCCAUUGUGUUCGGAGGCCCACUGACACAGCAGGACGACCCAUCGCAGCGCCAUGAGAGUCUGGUGGGGGUGCUCGUGGCGCUGCUGGCUGCGCUCGUGGGUGCCGUGGCUCUGUGCCUUGUGCGCAGCAUCGGCAAGGCAGGGGAGCAACCGCUGGCGGUUGUCUUUGUCUUUGCAGCCUUCUCCUGCCCAGCGUCCUUCAUUUGUCUCCUGCUUUUCCAGGGGUUUGUGACGCCAUCAGCAUCGGAGCUGGUGGGCAUGCUGCUAGUGGGUGUCACCGCCUUUGCCGCUCAGGUACUACUCACACGUGGGCUGCAGCUGGAGAAGGCAGGCAGGGCGUCAGCAAUGCAGUACAUCAAGGUAGUGGGCACAUUCUUCCUGGGGCUGCUCUUCCUGUCGGAGCGCCUGUCGCUCAAGAGUGCAGCAGGCACCGUGCUCAUCUAUCCCGAGUGCUCCGCGCUUUCCCCGCAAUCUGUUUCGCCACCUUCCCCGUCGUUGCAGCCGACGUGCAUUCCGCGCCGCGUGAAGGCGUCUGGGGCAGUCGAUAGUGAGCGCGCGCGCCAUCGCAGGCCGCGGGUGCCGAAGUGGGAUCGGGAGGAGGCGGACGAGGACGAGUCGUUAGCGGGCGGCAGCAGUGUGGCGCCGAGCGAGGGCAGCGGCGGCAGCUGCGAGCCCUGGAGCAUGGAGGACCAUUCCGCCGCCACCGUCACUGCCACGCCCACACCACCCCUCGCGUCAGCGUCGCCUGAUGCUGGACUAGACGAGCUCCUCGCGGACUUCGCGCACCUACUAACCAGCUCGCACAAGUUGUUUCAGGCGGGAGCGGAGGAGGAGGCGCGCAGCGAGGGGGCGGCGGAGGCGGCAGGGUUGGCGGAUGACGCAGCGGCCGUGGGGCUGCUGCUGCCGUCGCGGUCGCCCAACUCGACGUUGGCGGACGGGGAACGGGAGGGCGAGGGCGAGAGCCAAUGGGAGCGCCGCAUUCGCAACGUCACGGAUUGGUCGCGCCGCCCUGCCAGCGCGUGCGGGCGGGUCACCGUGCGCCCGUCGUCCGCCGCCGCGUCCCCCUCGUCGCGCCUGUCCCCGCAAGAGCAGUGCCUGGACGACAGCCAGCUCUCCAUGCCGCGCCAAUUUACCCCCGACGUCUUCUCCGCGUCCUCCCCCUUCUCCUCCCCCUCGCGCGCGCCCCCGCGCUCGCUGUUCGACGACCCCAUGCUCAGCGAGUUCUCCUCCGCGCCCGCGCAAACCAGACUCAACCCCCACCGCACGGGUAACGACGGGGCGGACGGGGCGGACAGAGCGGGAGGCGAAGGGGAGGAGGAGGAGCAAGAGGGCGAGGAGGAGUCGCUGAGUGAUGAGAUGGCGAGGGCGGCUGCAGGGCCGUCCCCGGAGCACUCAGGUGCAUCAUCGCCCAACAUACUGGUGCUGGACACGCCCUCGGACGCCACCACCGUCACCACGCACUCCUCGCUCAACAUGGGCCUGCCGCCGCGCCGCUCCGACCACCACAGCAAGGCGCCCGUUUCUUUCACGGGCGUCGCCCCCCGCGCUGCCCAGUCCGUGCCCUCCUCCCCGCCCGUCACCGCGCUGCCCUCCCCCGACCGCGCGCUGGCAGCUGCGCGCGAGCGCGACAAGGACUCCACGGCGCGCCUGCGAGCAGUGGGGCGGUCCGUGAGCAUGAAGCUGUUCCGCUCCGCAGGGGCCCCGGGGGCGGGUGGGCCGCACUCCAACCGACCGCCGCUGCCCCGCAACCAGCAGGGGCAGAAGGGCGCGUCGGAUAAGGACAAGGACAAGGGCGGCGGGGGCGGCAGUGGCAGCAGCAGCGUGUUGCUGACGUGCCCCGAGUGGGAGCAGCUGUACGGGCUGGCGAAGCGGAUAGCCAAGGAUGGUAGCCUCGCGCAGUGCGGUGAUGCUUACAGGAGUGCGCGCCUGGCGGUGCUAAAGGAAGCGGUGAGCGCGUUGGCGGUGGAGGCGUUGGAGGGGCGCGAUUUGCAGGCGCUGCCGUGGGGUGACAUGGAGCAGGUGCUGCGCACCUGGCUGCACCACACACAUGCUCUCGUGGCGGUGCAUCUGGACGGGGAGAGGGCGCUCUUUGCGUCCGUAAUAGGCCGCCUGGGAGUGGGCACGCUGAGUGUCUUCACCACGCUGCUCACGGACUCGGGGCUAGUGGCGGCGCUACGGGUGCAGGCUGCUAACGCCAACGCGCUGCUGGCCACGCCGUGCCUGCCGGAGAAGCUCUUUGCCUACCUUGACGCCUUCUGGCUCUGCCGCUCCUCCGUCGCCUCGGUGGAGGAGGCAGCCAAGGCAGCGGAGGACACAGCACUGGCGGCGAUGUGGGUGGAGCUACCGGGCAAGCUGGCGCGUGCAGCGACGAGCUGCAUAGACGAGGUGGUGGCCGUGCUCAAGGCGUCCGCCGGCUCCUCCACCGCCAUGGCCAAGCGCUCUGUCGGCCACCGCCUCAGGCUGAGUCGCAGCAGCAAGGGCAUGGAGACGAGUGGCGAGGGGCAGGUGGACGCCACAGUGCACCCCAUCACCAGCUAUGUCGUCAACUACGUGCGCCAGAUCAUGGACAAGAACAUAGCGGGCAGCUACGGGUGCAUACUGCAGGCGGCGAUAGAGGAGCAUUUCCCCGAGCGCACCAGUGUGGAGGCGGUGGGCAUGAAGGUGCUGGAGGCACUGGAGGCCAACCUGGACGCCAAGGCGGCGCGGUGCCAUGACGACAUGACCAAGAUGCUCUUUUACGUCAACAACUUCUGCUACAUCUGCAACCACCUCUCUGACUCGCCCUUCAAGUGCACGCAGUCCUUCAAGCAGAAGCAGGAGCGCAGCGCCCAGUCUUUCGCCACGCUCGCCCUCUCCAAGCUGCACGGAGCCCUGGGUCCCAAGGGUCACAGCCAGGGAUACGACAGAGGCGAGGUCCGCAACAGGUUGAAGCGGUUCAACCGGCUAUUUGAGGAGCUGGCGUUGCAGCAGAAGGACUGGGUGAUCACGGAUGACAAGAGCCGCAAGGAGGUGCGGCGCCUGCUGGGGGCAUCCAUCAAGGACCACUACAUGGACUUCCUCACCCCCCACCGGGACGUGUUGACGGACAUAUCAACGUACCAGUGGACGCCAGACGGCAUAGAGCGCAUGGUGCUCAAGUCCUUCCUGCUCGGCCGCGGGGCCGUGCCCUUCGCCACCUCCAUGUGA